AAUUCGUUUGCUCUUGUCUUGCGGAAGGUCCGUCAUCCCGGAAGCGCGUGUGUUUAUUUGUUGAAACGUUAUUAAGAACAGACAAAUCUUUACUAGUAUCUAGCGAUAAAGGUUCAGCUCGGGUUCUAAAUUAGUAUGAGCGUCAAUAUAUGCUUAAAGGGCUGCAGUGUCGACAUUUCACUGUAACGAGACAUUUGCUUUGCUAGUUAGAAAUAAACAGUCACCUAACGUUAGCCUGCCAGCUACAGUAUGUCCAGCGAGGCAGUCCUAACUGUACGGUUGGUAAGGUCUUUUGAGCACCGAAAUUUCAAGCCAGUUGUAUUUAGUGGCGUGAAUUUAGAUCAACCGGUCCAGGAAUUUAUCCAGUUUGUGAAAAAUGAAGUUAGCAUGAGAGCCGGUCUACCACCCCCCUUCAAGAAUUUUGGCUAUGACACAAUGAAGAUCAUCCACCAGGCACAUGGAGCAAAGACGAAUGAGUUGGUGAUGAGUUUGGAGGAUGAUGACAAGCUUAUUCUGCAAGAUGGACUAACCCUAAGAGCUGCGGGCAUUGCAAAUGAAACAGAAUUGGCCUUCUUCAGGAAAGAGGAUUAUAAGCUCUUUAAAGCCAACCCCCAACCGGCCUGGUGGUAAGGGUGUUUACACUUCACCACGGAAGAGGGGAUUCUGAUCUGACAUGGAGGAUACACAUGGAUGGAAGAUUGAGGGGGUGACAUGUGCCUUCAGACCUAAGUUCGAGUAUUUUAAUUUAACAUGCCAUAUAUAUAAAACAUGUUUUUGCCUCUUAUAUACAUCUCCACUGAAAUGCACUUAUCAUUUAUCUGGUGGUGUUGAAUAUGAUUAUGGUUGUGCAUUGAUUUUCUUUGUACUUAUUAGUUUCCUGUAAGGCCUGUCUUAUUACUGCAAACAUGAUUCCAAAUUAAAUCACUGGUUUGAAAA